AUGGAAAAAGAUCUAUUCGUCGGAAUAUUCGACCCUUUUCUCGACGUACUGGAUGGAGAUCUGUCUCCUACAACGGACACUUCGAAAGUGAAGCGCGAUUUGAUAUAUUAUACCAAAAACUUAAUGAAACAGUUCAAUAGUCUGCGCCAUCAAGUGCAGGCAAUUGACAAGGAUCUAAAGUACGAUUAUUCCUUGGGCGAAAGGUUUACUGUCUACGUCAUAUGGAGGAAGAGCACGAGUACCAUCAAGUAUUUACGAGCCUCGCUCAGCGUUGCGAGGCAGAGCAUCGUGGCUUUUACAAAUAUUAGUGUUAUCAGAAAGCAGAAUGAGGAGCUAGCUCAUCUCAGAUCUGCGUUGCCUCUAACCGAAAUACAACGCAUUGAGUCGACGUACGGCAUGGCAGUGGAGAGACGUAUUGAGGUGGUGGAAAAGAAAGUUCGUAGCCGCUGUGCUCAACAAGACAAGAUCGACAUAGAUAUGCAGGAAGCAGUGGUAGAAGUUGGAAUACACCAAAGGAACAUAAAAGAUCAGGCUUUUACCCCAGAGACACAACCCCUAUUACAACUCAAAAAAUCCGUAGACCAAUACGUCGACCGUGUCGUUGUCCAAGACAGAUCUGAUCGGAGAGCUCGGCGAAGAGAUUGUAGAAGCUCAGUUCUCAUGUCUGAGUCGAGUGCUACUACGCCAACACAAUCGACUCAGCCUUUGGAUCAUCCAAGGCAAGCACCAGAUUCGCUUCCAACAUCGCCCGAACCAUCUAUAGCAAGAAGCCCUAGUGUAGAGGUACAGCCCGCGGAAAGCAAACCAUCACCUAUCAUUCCAGUACUCUGUUCGCUCCGCAAGUUUCAACCACUACGCUUAACGCCGAUCGAACCUAAGCAGAUGCCAUCGUCCGGACCACCACCUGACACACCUUUGUCUCAUCUACCAAAACCAGAUGUCCCGCCGGCCGAUGAAGUCAGAUGGAUUAUGCAUGUCGAUCCUAAAAUCCUGGGACAGGAUGAAUAUGAUUCCGAAGAUGGGAUGUCUGAAGAAGAUGUACCAGCAGAGGAGCAAGCUACAGGAUCGAAGCCAAGCAUAUGGAAAAAUACCACCGGUGUAUUUGAGGGAGACAUGCCAAAUAGUUUGCGCAUACGGCGGCAGGAGAGUCGGUCACCUUAG